CCUGCGUGUCGCGCCUCGAACAUCAAUCGGCCCUGUCCUUAGCACUUGGGUAGCGCCAUCUCCAGCUGCUUCAUAGUGCGUGCACUUCGACGGCGCGAUACCCACCCCGAAUAUCUUGAAAUAUCAACACCACGAGUCAAUGUCGCCAGAGUGAGCAGGAGCCACCCCUUUGCUCCUUCCAUCUCCGCUCGCCACGACAAUGCGCAACUUCUCCCUCGAGCCAUGAAGACGCCCACUCUCCUUCACAUAACGCGCUGCAGUCAUGGCGUCCCGAAUCGUCGCGGAGCCCCUGGACCCGCGCGACGGCUUCAAUUGGGUGUUCCUGGUUGAGCUGCUCAUCUGCGGCAUCCUGACCAUCUUCUUCCUCUUCUACUUCAACCGCCUCUUCGCGACCCUCGUCUCCUACGGUAUCCGCGCAUACACUUGGCGCACCUUCAACGCCUACAUCGACAUCACCUCGCUGCAAAUCUCUCUACUGGGCGGUCGCCUCUUCUUCAAGGAUAUUCGCUAUCAUGGUCAUAACGAGACAAUACUGGUUCAUGGCGGAUACAUCACCUGGAACUAUUGGUUACGGAGGGUCAAGGACGCGGGUGUAUAUACUGACGGCGACCCUUCCUCGGAACCCGACACUAGCAGCGAGCGUACACCAAGCACGCCCAGGAGCCGGUCUGACAGUCGAAGUGGGAAUUUGGACAAGGCAGAAAAGGGAGGCAAGCAGACGCGGAAAGAGCUACCAUGCCGCUUUUCCAUCAAAAUCUAUGGAAUUGAAGCCUUCAUGUACAACCGGAGCCCUGCGUACGACGGUAUCAUAGACGCGGUCAAGAAGAAGGCGGAAAGCGCUGCCCAGGAUGAGAAAUCGCCCGAGGGAUCCGUGGCCGACUACGAGAAGACCGAGAAAGACGAGCAUCAUCGCCACAACAAGCUGAAGAAGCAGCAUACCGAAGGCGACAACAACGUUACCCGACCCGUUACCGGCCAAUCGACCUCGUCAAAUCCCAAGAAAGCCGACAUACCAGCCUUCCUCAAACUCCUCCCUGUUCACAUCGAUAUAGUGAAGGGCGCCAUCGUCGUUGGAAACGAGCACACGCUGGCCGUUAUAACUGCUCAAUUCGAAAAAGCGACUGGUACCAUCGAUGCGUCUACAUGUGGCCCCUUGGACGUUUACCAGCAGCUUUUCAACUUCCAAGUCACGCAUCCCGUCGUUCAUAUGAAGCCCAAUCCCGAUUACAAGAUUGGACAACUCGACUCAGCUGUACAGUACAAGCAAGAAGCAGCUGGAGGUGUACCAGAAGAUUCCAUAAUCGAGAAAGAGGCACGGCACAGGAGACACUGGCGCUGGCUGAGGAGAAUUCCAAAUUUGGCUGGAAUCUUUUCCAGAGACUCAGAUUCCAUCCAUACUCACACCAGGUCAGGCACCGCUAACAAUCCACCUUUGAACUCUCAAUGGCACUUCCCCGGUCGCGAACGGUGGAAAGGCCUGGCAAGAUACCUCGACGAUACCACCAACGACGGCCACGGCGAGUGGGAUGGCAUCGAAUACGCCAAGACGUCGUUGAUUGCUGACUGCCCUUGUGUCAACGUCUCCUUCUACUGGGACGUUCCUGGCCCUGUACCAAACGAUAUCGACCACAGCAGGCACAUCGAUCCCGCGCGACCGUACGACAUCAACGGAAGCAUUCCGCCCGACUACGGCAUGGACAUACAAAUAUUUGGAGGCACUAUAAACUAUGGACCUUGGGCAGACCGGCAUCGCGGCAUCUUCCAGAACAUGUUCUUUCCUGGCAAUCGUGUGGAUGCUGUCCCAGCGACACCCCUGAAGGCUGGCGACCUCCGUGUACAGACCGUGUUCAAACUUUUCCUCAGCAUCGAAAAUGAUACCGUGUUGCGCAUACCGAUCCGCGAAUCAUCCAAGGAUUGGAAGUGGAAGGGAAAAGCACACACGUUGAAUGCACGCGAAAAGCCUGGGGACAAAAAUAAGAGUAAAGCAAAGGCAUACCUCAGAAGGGGAAAGCGAAGAGACAACACUGGUGCGCAAAAUGUUCGCCCUUUCGCAUGGAUUGAUGUCAAGAUAGCCGAGCAAACCACCGUCAAUUAUGUCAUGGAUAUGUAUGCCUCAAAACAAGGAUACCAGAGCAAAGUGGACGUCGAUAUCGCCAGUACUGAGAUCUCGUCCAGUGUCAAUCAUGGUCUUUUGUGGCGCUCUGGCGCCAUUGCGCUUGACUGCGACCUUUCUAAUCCUUUAGGUUGGAAUACAUUGCGGAAAUGGCUGUUCAACAUCAAAUGUCAAGAUUUGGAGUUGUUCCUCCUCAGAGAUCACAUGUUUCUGAUCAUGGAUCUCGUCGCUGACUGGGGCUCGGGUCCGCCGCCCGAUUACUUUCUUUUUGUGCCUUUCCAGUACCUGCUCAGCGUUGACUUCUCCAACUUCAAGUUGUACCUCAACACCAACGACUCCAACAUAAUAAACAACCCAUCUGACCUGGAAGACAACAAUUUCGUUAUCCUGUCCGGUCAGAACUUGCAAGGAGAUGUAUCCAUACCACUGGACAAGUUCCGGCCACUUGAAAAUGAAAUCAAGUUUGACGUUAAAGGUCAGAAUCUAGGUCUCGAAGUUUUGAUGCCUCAGAAAAACACAUUGCAAACAUUCGUACAAUCGCCAAAAGUAGCGCAUCUGGGCGGGCUUACUUUGAGCGGAAGUCAUACCUUCAUGACUGAGACAUCGCCCAUGAAUACCGACAGGCUUUUCAUGGACAUCCAAGGUCAUAAGCUCAACCUUGAACUAUACGGUUGGCUCAUCCAUCAUUUCAUGAAGAUCAAAGACAACUACUUUGGCGAUGACAUGCACUUCAAGACACUGGAGGAGUUCCAGGGGCUACCAAGUACUGUUCUAGCAGCAGACGGGACCCAGGCAGACAUACAACCAGCCAAGCUCUCGAACGACCUGGACGUAAUACUGUCUAUCUACGCGGACGAAUCAUGCGUACUACUACCUGCCAAUCUGUACGCAGCAGAGCGUGGCAUCCGAGCCGAUCUCCCGUUCGCAUCCGCCGAUCUGAGGUUUACCAACUACUACAUGGAUCUGAUGGUCAACUUUAGUCCUAUCAGUAUCUCCCUCGGAGGCUUAGUACCAGACGCUGAGGUACCCAACGAAUUUACAAGCGGGCCUACCGAGCUCUUUGUUGACUCCACGAUCAUUUUUGGACAUCGUCUUUUUGGACUCCCACCGAUCGAGCCAACCUAUUUGUGCAGCUGGGAAUUCGAAGUAGGAAUGAUCACGGGCGAUUGCACAUCCGAAUUCGUCGAAACUGCAGCAGGAGCAGCGCGCUCCUUUGGGUUUACUCUCGACGACGAUGAGAACACGCUUCCUCUGACCGAAAUUCCGAUAAUCCAUGAUGCUACUUUCUUAAAACUGAAGACACACGACAUCAGCGUCUGUGUCCACAUCGCCCAGGAAGCGUUGUUGCUCAAGACGAGUCCCGUGAGUCUCAACUUCAACGAUCUCGCUGGAACUACAUUCUCUCAGAGGCUCAAUGUCUUGAUACCGGACUUUACGAUCAGUGCCGUUCCGUCCAAGUCCGUAUCGCAUCAUAGAGCGCGCUCCAAGGAGAAGGAAGCUGUCACUACCCAGGCCUAUCUUCAAACCACUGUGUCAUUGAAUCUGUUGACUCGGAAACUGGACUUUUCAGAGGAGCGCGCGCAGCAGCAGGCUCACAUGCGGUUGCACGAUAAACGGACUAACCGCACUCGCUUCAUGCUUGGUGACGAGCGAGUCUCGUCUUCACAUCUAGAUGACACGAAUCGACAGAAUCUGCGUACACCAGCAAUGCAAUACCCGGACGUGCCUCAUCCAAUCUUCUUGUACCAGCCGCCUCACCAUGCCAGUUCGAUCACAUCGUCCAAACAAUCCUCGACUGCUUCAUCCUCCAAAGCGCGACGAAUGCACCCAAGUAGCAAGCGAUCGUCUCCAGCCAUGUCGUUUUCCAGCAGCAUCAGAUCUGCGGUCAGGCGGAAGGCAGACAAGACGACUGCAGGUAGCAGUGAUAGCCGGACCCUUCUGAGUGGAUCACCAAAGCCGACGGACUCAACUCACCGCCCCUACUCGUCCUUCAGGAAUGAUGAGCGUGUCGAGCACGACUGGACUCCUUCGUCUGUCGCACUGUCUAGCAGUCUCGCCGUACCCUAUUUUCCGUUUGAUCAGAUCGAACCGGAUCUGUCAGAUGUUCCUUCCUUCCCUACGAUGCCCUCUAGCAAUAGUUUCCUGGAGGUGGACGACGUUGUCUUCAACGAUGUGUCAACGAAGCAUUUGGAUGAGAGCUUCGCCCACAGUAGCAUACUGAUUAGUGCAGAGCCAGGCAUACGCGUCUUUUGCACCCCAGAAUUUGUCACAUGUGUCUCGAGCCUAAUCGAACUAGUUCAACCUAGGCGCCCUGAAGAUCUGCUGGACGACUUCCAAGUCAAUGUCAUGACUAAGAUCCUUGAGAACCGCAACCGAUUAGAAGGCAAAGGCAGCUCAGUCGAAUUCAGUGUUCGCAUACCUUUUACGCACGUUCGAUUCCAGCACACUUUCCAAGCUCACUCCAUGAAUGAGACGGGGCAGGAUCAGUAUGAUAUCAUCCUGAACAAGCUUGCGCUGGCAGCAAGGAUCAAAAAGUUUCCUGGCGAAAGAGCUGGUGAGAACUCGCUUUCGUUACAUACCACUUUGGGCUCACUCGGUCUUUCCGUGACCGAGCGCGAUCUUUAUGACAUGGGUGGAGGAGUUGCUAUCCAGGCUGAAAUCAGGGACGUUAUGUUGUGGAUGAUGCAAUGCAAGGAAACUUCGGUGAACGUCUCUUUCAGGUCGUUAGAGAACGCCGUGGCAAGCAAGAAGGUCGAGUACCUAGCAGCGCUCAUCCACCGGACGACUCUUUUGUCUGAGAAACUGAUUACAAGAUUUGCUGAAGUCGAGCAAAGGCAACAACAUCGACUACGCUAUCUCGCCUGGUAUCUCACAAGCGUACAAGACCAAUACUCAGAUCCCGCCUUUCUUACUAAAGCAUCUUAUGCCCUUCGAGCGGCUAGAGACCACCUGCGGAGUCACGAUUCUUGGAAGAUCAUUUCCCGAUUUCGGUAUACCUGGCAAUGUCUUCCACAGGUCGAGAAAGACGCUAUUCUUGGCGACUGUUCGCAGUCUGAUGUGGCAUGCCCUGUCAAUGCUGAAGAAAAGAUCAUCGGGAUGUGGGAUCAGUGGCGUACUUGGGAUCUAGCGCAUGUAAAGAAGAGCCUUGCGAUGAGGCUGCUUUUCGGACAUAUCGAAGAGCCGCUUCCAACCUCAGACUCCGCACCUGUACAUGUCGACAUCAGGUCAGCAGAGAUCAAGUUCAUCAUUGACCCUGGUCCAAGACAGAGCGAAAUAUCUCUAGGUCUCCUAGUCUUGAACAUCGUCUUGCUACCCCCAGCGCAACCUGAUGGACUGAUGGUGGUAGAUGCCGGCGCUCUGAAGAAGUCUACAGUCGUUCAGAUCAGCUCCGGAGAUACGUCACUACAUGUCCAGUGGGAGAUCUGCGAGCUUGCAGAAUCAUUACUAGAACUGUUCCAGAAAGAGAACUUGAGAGCAGCGAAGAAGACGAAGGCCGCAACCCCACCAUCAAGACAAAUCUCGAAACCUACAUAUGACCAUGAUCUUCAGGUGGUAUUCGCAACAGAUAAGGUCCAGAUAACGCUGGACACUAUCAACCUCCGGAGCAUCAACACGGGCAGAAGCAUGCGAUUCUCUUUCCUUGAUGCAGAUAGUAGAGCAUCGGAACUCGGAGAGAUCAUGUCCGCUCAUCUUCACGUCGACGUUGCUGUGAGUGAGCUGUCAUCUCGAUCCCGGAUUUUGGCCAAAACGCAGUUCGAACAGCCGAGUAUCUACUUUGCCAUGAUAGAGCACGAGGGCGAGAACAAAACACCCAAUGAGAUCAAGGUAGCAGCCGCAAGCCACAAGAUUAUUGUGAAGGUGCAAGAGGACAUCUUAGGCCUCAUUGAAGUCGCGGACAACGUGCUGAAGGACGAGGCCGCGUAUUUCCAUCGACAAUCAGCGAACAUGAAGCGAUUUACGAGCACGACCCCGAAGGAUGACAAGCCCGACAAGGUUUCCACUCAGCUUCCCAACAUCUCACUCGCACUUUUCAUGGACGCAUAUCAAAUCGAAAUUGCUGUUCUUCAACCUCUUGGAUGGUCGAUCACAGGCUCGUCCGGACGUAUCGCUGUCAUUCCAGCCUUAGGCAAGCAUGUCACCUUGCAAGUAGACUACGACCUCGAAGCGAACUUCCAUCGGCUAUACAGUACGUCGAAAGAAGGUUCACACGUUAUCAGCUCGCUUGAGCUACCUCCACUCAAUGGAAGACUGUCAAUUACCCAGACCGAGAAAGAGACCAAGGUUCUGGCGUCCGGAAUCGUCGACAAGGUACAUGUCCAGGCUUCAGAGAUCCAGUCUUUCGUCGCGACCCUCAACAAACCAGAAAUGUCCCACAUGUUCCAGGCGGUUCAAGAUGAUGUCGGGGUUUUGAAGACGCAUAUUGAGGAGUUGUUUCCACCUUCAGCAAGCUCUCCAGUAGUCAAAGCUCCUACGUCUUCACCGGAUAUCUUGUUCGAUGUGCGGAUGACGCUGCACGGAAUGCAUGUUUCAGCUAGCGCCCCUGGCCAGCAUCCAGACUCGCCAACGGCAAAUCUCGCGUUCAGGGUAUCCACAGUUCAGCUUAAAGCCACAAACAUCGAUUCAGAUCAGAGCAUCAUGAUGUAUCCCGAAGCCGUGGUGCGGAUCCACGAAGUUACCAUCGAUAUGAACCUCAAGGAUCAAGACUCGGUUCGUCGAUGUGGUAAUCUCACGUUCGGAGCCGUUUUCCAGGCAACUACCGAGAAAGACUCUGAACCUACCCGCAGGGUCUAUAGCCUCCGAAGCUCGGGUCUGGAAGUGAAUGUCUUCGCAGACACUGCAUCAGCGGUGGUAGACGUGGUGAAUCAUCUCCAAGACAAGAUUAAGGAUUUGGACCUCUCCAAAGAGAAAAAGUAUCUACGUCGUCUCCGGCACACGAAGAGUAGAAUCUCUCACCGACGUGACCGGAGUCUCAAAAGCGAUGCUCAUCAAGACUCCGACAGCAUCAGCUCAGGAGCCCUCUUUACAUCGACGUACUCUUUGGAACUCCUUGACCUACAAGUCAGCUGGAUCGUUGGAAACUCUGUCGCUCCUUUCCCGCAAAACGAGAUUCACGAUCUUGUGCUUUCUUUCGGAAAGAUCGACCUGUCAACACAGAAAGACGAUGCCGCGCGCUUGAUGGUUGAAGAUAUGCGGUUACAGAUGGUACCGGUGUCGGCGAGUAAGAAGGUGCGAUCGCUCAACUCAGCGUUAUUGCCCAAGAUGGUGUUCAACGUAGCGUAUGCGUCCACAAAAGAUACGCGUAAGCUAGCAUUCUAUGCUGCCGGCAAAUCACUCGAUCUCCAGCUAGACUCACACUUCGUCUUACCCGGAAACGUCAUUGAGCGCUCUAUUGCCCUUGCUGGUAAGAAGUUCCGCAAAGCUUCUGCUAAUUGGAACAUGACACCCACGACGACUGGUGCACAACGAAAGAAUCCUUUCGGAAACAAACGUCUUGCAUCGCUGACCGCUGAUGUCAAUUUUGCCGGAGCUGUUGUACAUAUCCACGGUAGUGAUAAAGCGCCAGUACAAGGCGCUUCCGGUCGGGCUCAGCAGAAGGGACGCUAUAGCCAGUUCGUAGGAGACGAGUCAAAGAGCAGUAUGGCGUUACGAGCUCCAGGUGUGGCAGUACGCGUCGAGUAUACAGAUGACGGGAACGAUCCUUCUCUGAACGCCGAGCUUCGUGUUGAUGGAUCAACCAACACGUUACUGCCGACUGUCGUGCCUAUCAUCAUCGACAUAUCGGAUAGCAUCAAAGCUGUAGUCCGCGAAAAGGAUGACGAUGAUGAGGCUGCAUCACCUGAACAGUCUCAAGACCAGUCAAAGCCGACUGCCAAAUUACUCGAAGAAGACAACAUCAUCACAGCAGACCCUACCACCAUCUUAGGCAGGACAAGACUCAACUUGGGACUUCGGAUUUGCAAGCAAGAGUUCAGUCUCAGUUGCCAACCCAUUGCUCGUGUCACAGCGAUCGCCAAGGUCGAGGAUAUAUACAUCACGGUCAACAGCGUCAAAUCUCAAGAGCAUGGUCACUUCUUUGCUGCGUCAGCCACGUUUGAGAAACUGGUGACUACUGUUCGGCACGUAUACUCUCGUGAGUCUACGUUUAGUUUGGACAUGGAGUCUAUCGUGAUUUCCUUGAUGAACAGCAAACAUCUCAGCGGCACCAGUGGUAUUUCGGCGAUCCUCAAGAUCAACCCGACCGCUCUCCAGAUCAACGCGCGCCAACUGCAGGAUUUCCUAUUAUUCCGAGAAAUCUGGGUGCCGCCAGAGAUCCGUCGGGCUUCGAAACCUUCGUCACCAAGCGCCAACUCAGAACCACAAGAGUUUCUCAUACAACGCUAUCAGCAAAUCGCUGCCGGUACCGCUUUUCCUUGGAAUGCGAAUGUGGCUAUCGCAGACGUCAAGGUUGAUUUAGAUUUGGGUCAAUCGAUCGGAAAGUCAUGGCUACACAUUCACAACUUGUGGGCGUCGUCCAAGAAGACCACUACCUCGGAACAGAACCUGUGUGUUGGUGUUGAGAAGAUUGGUAUCGAAAGUACGGGUCGCACGAGUGGCUUCAUUGAGCUGCAUGAGACUAGAGUACGCACGUCGAUUGGAUGGCCAUUACAAGAACCAGGCACUCGUCAAGCACCACUCAUUCAGGCAUCAGUUGCUUUCCGUCAGUUACGUGUAAGGACUGGGUUCGACUUCCAAGCUUUCGUGAUGGCAGAUAUCGCAGAUUUCGGCUUCCUGAUGUACAACGUCCGCCCUGAGGGUGACGAUACACAAGAUCGGCUGGUUGCUAUACUUGACGGUGGCAAGGUGCACGUAUUUUGCCAUGCUACGAGUGCUGCACAGGGUCUUGCACUAUGGCAAGCGAUUGAACGGCUGAUCCAAGAGAACCGACAAGCGUACAAGCAAUCUCUCCGAGAUAUUGAGAAGUUCCUGCGUCGCAAAUCAUCGUUGCCUGAGCCAUUCACACCCCCAGGAUCGAACAGUCAGCUUCUUACAAAGCCGGACAAGGACAACUUCAAAGCACCCAUCUCACUGCAUACCGAUGUUGUCGUCACACUACGGUCAAUCAGAUUUGGUGUCUUCCCAUCAACAUUCAUAGACAACCAAGUCCUGAUGCUGGAAGCCGGCGAUAUGCAAGCACGCUUUGCUGUUGCACUCGAGAAGAAGACCAAGAUUCACUCCAGCCUCGGCAUGACGCUUGGUCAACUUUCCGUCGCACUGGCUUCCGUACCAACACCAAAAAAGAGCAAACCCGUGACCGAGCUCACAGUUGAAGAUGUGUCGGCAAGCGUCAGCUCCGCACGUGGCGGCACAAUUCUACGUGUACCCAAGGUCAUCGCUACAAUGCACACCUGGCAGGUACCCAAGGGAACACACAUCGACUACCUGUUCCGUAGCUCGCUCGAGGGCAAAGUUGACGUUGGCUGGAACUACUCACGUAUCUCUUACAUACGCACCAUGUGGUCCAACCACUCCCGCACCCUCGCCUCCCGCCUUGGCAAGCCACUUCCAGAAUCCAACAUCAAGAUUAGCACAUCCCAAACCCUCCAAGACGAUCCGGAUGCCUCCGCUCCCGACCCCAACGCCGCCGGUAAGACGGCGAUACCGUCCAACCGCCCCCGCGCUCCCUCCGUUUCGCCAGACGGCCAGGAGAAAAUUACUGCUGUAGUCAAUGUUCCACAGUCGCGCUACGAGUAUACGCCAUUAGAACCGCCGCUGAUUGAGACGCCGCAAUUAAGGGAUAUGGGCGAGGCGACGCCACCUUUGGAGUGGAUUGGGCUGCAUAGGGAUCGCCUGCCGAAUGUUACGCAUCAAAUUGUUAUUGUUACGUUGUUGGAAGUUGCCAGGGAGGUGGAGGAGGCUUAUGAGAGGAUUCUGGGGAGCAGCUAAGUGGAGCAUCAAAGGCGUUUAUGCCUUCUGAGUUUAAUUAUGUAGAAUUAUUGGCAAGGCGUUUAGAGUGAAGGGACUGGUACAUUGGGUGAAAUGGCGUUUCGGAAAAAUCGUCAGAGUUUGUGAAAAUAUCUAAAUUAGCAUGUACAUACUUAUUGGCGCUAUUGAAAGUUCAAAUAGUGCCGUUUUUCCUGAACAACCAAACCGUUCUGUGUGCUCAACUAGGUUUGCUAUG